UUAAACACUUGUACAAGAUUUGGAAUGCCAUUAAAUGAAGUUGGAUCAUUGUUUUUAUGCAAAUUACUACCACCCAAUCUUCACAGAAAAUGGGGAUGAUUCAGGCUGUUCUUCUUGGCAUUGGAAUAAUAGGAAAUAUAACUUGCAUGGCACUUUAUCUAUCACCCAUACCAACUUUUAAAAGGAUAAUCAAGGAGAAAGACACGGGUCAGUUUUCUGCUUUCACUUAUGUGUGCAGUUUGUUCAAGUGUUUACUUUGGACAUUGUAUGGUCUGCCAAUCAUUACAGACAACAACAUUACAAUUGCCACCAUGAAUGGCAUUGGAAUAGCUUUUGAGAUGGUUUAUGUGCUCAUCUAUCUCGUAUAUGCCCCACAGGCUGAGAAGAUUCGAGUAGGGGCAAUGGAGGCGGCAUCUCUUACAUCUUUCUUUGUAUUGGCUGCAUGUGUUGUAACAGUGGUACCCAAGAGCAGAAGAUCCCUCAUACUGGGAGUUUUCUGCGUUGCUUUGAACAUUUUAAUGUAUGCUGCUCCCUUGUCUGUACUUAAACAAGUUAAACAAAACAAGAGUGCAAGCAGCAUGCCUUUCCUUGUAUCUUUGUUCACCCUUGUAAAUUCAGCAGUCUGGCUGGCUUAUGGUAUACUCAAGAUAGAUGUUUUUGUCAUUAUACCAAACGGAUUGGGUGUGUUGCUUGGAACUAUUCAAAUUAUUGUGUUUUACAUAUAUACAAAGGAUCCCAAAAUCUCAACAAAAGUGGAACAAAAUGGCAAUAAUAAGAUUGUAGGGAGUCACCAAAAUGGUAUUUGUAAACUCACAGAGAUUCCAGAUAUGGUUUGAAAUCAUGGGCUUCUGGCAUGUUUGAGAUUGUUCUAUUUUUUUUUUAGGUUGUUCAGAACAUUAAUAAAUGGAUUUUCUCUCCUUCAAAAAUAAUUGAUGUUAAAAAAAAUAAAAAUAAUAGA